AUAAGGUUCUGGUGACUCACUGUGCGCACAGCCAGGGCGGCGCCUGACUAUAAAAUCUCUGCUGCGUCUGCUGCAGACGUCUGAACGUUUGCACCUCUGCUCUGCCGACCGCGUCCCAGCAACUGCACGUCUGAACACAUUCCAGCAACCAUGCCUUCAGAACUGGAAAACUGCAUGGAAGGCCUUAUCAGGGUCUUCCACCGUUACGCCAAGGACGGUUCGCUCACCCGGCAAAACCUCAGACAGUUAAUGGAGGGUGAGCUUUCCAACUUCCUUAAGUCUCAAAAGGAUCCUGCUGCUGUGGACAAGAUCAUGAAAGACUUGGACGCCAAUGGUGAUGGUCUGGUGAACUUUGAGGAGUUUGUUUCUCUGGUUGUUGGACUUUCUAUUGCCUGUGAGCAAUGCUAUCAAGUGCACAUGAAGAAGACUGGAAAGAAGUAAAGAAGUGCAACAGUGGAAGAGAAGCGACCAAAGAAAGCAUCAAAGAUUUUUUGUAAAGAUAGUUUUGUCCAUUAAAUAUGCUGAAUCCCAUCAAA